GGGAGAGAGAGAGGGAGAGGUAGAGAGUAAAAGAGUGGGAGAGAGAGACGGAGAGGCAGAGGGAGAGGUAGACUCAGUAGGUCAGUCAUGCAACACCCCUUCUCUGGGCCCUGUUGCCCUAGGCUGCCCUGCGACUUCUGUCACACACUCACCACAUAAUCCUCCCCCCCUGGCCGUCAUGGCAACGGGCCUCCCCUGUCCGAAGGGGGUGAGGGAGGCAGAGGGAGGGGCCUCGGCAGAGCUCCAGAAUGCAGAGACCCGGGAGCAUGAGCAGGGCAGCAAGGUGGCCUCUGUAGGGGGGUCUGUGGAGAGGGGACAGGAGGAGGUAGAGGAGGAACAGGACGACUUUGGGCUGUUCAUGCAGGCGGGGGAGGAGUCGUCGUGGGAGGACAGUUUUGUCACAUCACCUCCAGUGCCUUGUGGGAACGGAGACAGUGCUGCACUUGAAAACCAUCUAAAGUCAGAAGAGUCUGCUCAUUGGACGUCAGGCUGGACAGACAGCUCGGUCCACCAAUCGGAGGAGACAUGGACAGCCUUCCCUAAGGAUCCUGUGGGGCUGGAGGGGCAGGACGCAGCGGGACAGUGGUGGCCCUGCAGUGCUGAGGAGGAGACCGGAGAUAGACAGCCCACCAAGCAAGAUCUGAACACUGUGUUCCAGGAGGUCUUCCCCUGCCUGCCUUCCUCCUCCGCGAAGGAGGAGGUGGUUCCCACACUCACACAGCUCCUCAGGGGGGUCCCAGCUCAGCCCAGCCCAGCGGAGGACCUCCGGCUAUUGGACGGGUUCCAUGACCUGAACAAGAUGAUUGGCUGGCGGUACAAGAGGGCCAAUGCCGUGUCCUGUGAGCUGCUUCUGCAGUCGUUGCAUCUGGACCAGCAUGCCAGAGACUAUAUCUCUAGGAUUCCGUCCACCAAUCACAGUCCAUCUCUUGGCCUCCCCUCAUCCAAUCAGUAUGCUUCGACCACCGGGAAGAGAUGGGUAUCUUAUGACUAUAACAAAAACAUCAUGGAGUAGCUAGCUCAGCCAGACUCUUUGUGUGCUCCUUGUUCGGACUGUGCUUUGCCAAUCAUCUGACAUGACGUCAUUUUCAGUCCUGUGGGGCAAAAUUAACCAUUUCAAUGUUUCAGCCCACCCCGCUAUCCCAGUAAGGAUCAAUCGAUACAUGUGUGCUGACUUUUGAUUGAACAGAUCAUGUGCGCUUGUCUAUGGACAAUCCUCCAUUUUGGCUCUAUCUUUACUGUAACUUGACGCAUUUCAACCCUCUCAUAAAACAAUAUGCCUUUGUUAUGUAAUUAGGGGAAGUUUGACUGGCCCUGUGAAGACAAAGCAAUUGUUGUUAUCCAUGUUACUGCUUGCAGGGGGAAAAUGAAAGGAACAAUGUAGGAAAGCGGUUAUGCAACAGAAGGUUGCAGUGUUAUGGAAAAGUUGUUUACAACUUCAUCCGCUCACUCUCCCAAAGGAAGGAAUAAACACACACACACACGCACUUACAAACACCAAUUCUGUCUCAUCAUGCAAUGUUGUUUUCAACAGUUUAUCACUAUAUGCAUGUCUACUGUGUUUUACAAACACUGUGGCAGACAGGACAAAUUGAUCAAUUUUCUUAUUAUUACAGACAAUACUUUAGUAUGGAUAUGUUUACUAACACUGCUGCAGAUCUUACAUUAGGCUUACAUUUACUGUACCUUGGGAGAGCCUGACUGAGGUGAGAAUGAGAUUUACUUGAAUAUAAUGCAAUAUUCGUCAUUAACAAUGAAGUUACUAGUUUGUUUUUUAGAGCAGAAGCAAACAAGCGAUCAUCACAUCACAAAAUUAUAUUUGGUUCAUCUUGUUUCUUUGUCUGUGGGCCCAUUCAAUCACCAAACUAGAAGAAAAAAAAAACAUAGCAUAUGUCGUCAUUUGUACAAAAUAUGAAUUCCUCCAGAAAAAGAUUAAUAUUUUCGGAGUUCAAAUUGAAAAAGAAAAUGAGAUUGUCAACUUGUUAAUUGAUGUAAUAAAACGAU